CAGAGUAUAAUGAUAACUUCCUUUAUUUAAGUGUUGAAAAUUGCCAUCCAACUAUCACCGUUUUUACUUGGAGAGAGACAGAGAGGUAGCAAAGCCAUUAUCAAAGCAAUGACUAUGAACCCAGAGUUAGCAAAGCUAGGAAGAUCACUCUUGGUGCCUAGUGUCCAAGAGUUAUCAAAGAAGCCAUUGAAAGAAGUUCCCCCUCGAUACAUACGCACUGAUGAAGACCCUCCCUUCCCAUCUCACCCAAAUCCGUUGCCACAAGUCCCUGUUAUAGAUAUGCACAAGUUAUUUUCACGAGAAGAAAUAGAGCGGUUGCAUCAUGCAUGCAAAGAAUGGGGUUUCUUCCAGUUAAUCAACCAUGAAGUGAGCACUUCACUGGUGGAAAAAGUGAAGAUGGAGGUCCAAGAAUUUUUCAAACUUCCAAUGGAAGAGAAGAAAAAGCUUUGGCAAAAACCAGAUGAAAUAGAGGGGUUUGGACAGGCCUUUGUUGUGUCCGAGGAGCAGAAGCUUAACUGGGGAGAUAUGUUCUACAUGAUCUCCCUUCCAACUUAUUUGAGAAAACCUCACUUAUUCCCUAAUCUGCCAAGCACCCUCAGAGAAACCCUAGAAAUUUAUUCUGUUGAAUUGAAACAUCUUGCCAUGAAACUGUUAGAGCAUAUGGGAAAAGCUCUAGGGAUGGACCCUAAUGACAUGAGAGUCCUGUUUGAAGAAGGGCUUCAAGCGAUGAGGAUGAACUAUUAUCCCCCAUGCCCACAGCCAGAGGUUGCAAUUGGUCUAAGCGCUCAUUCUGAUCCCGUUGGCCUCACCAUUCUACUCCAAAUCAACGAGAUGGAAGGCCUUCAAGUAAAGAAAAGUGGUGUUUGGGUCCCCAUUAGACCCCUAGAAAAUGCUUUUGUGGUCAAUAUUGGAGACCUUAUGGAGAUAGUAUCCAAUGGGGUAUACCCAAGCGUUGAGCACCGUGCGACCGUGAACUCAGUUAAAGAAAGGCUUUCAAUAGUUACGGUGUAUAGCCCGAGAUUGGAUGGGGAUUUGGGCCCAGCACCAAGCCUCCUUUCUCCACAAACUCCACCACUGUUCAAAAGAAUAGGCGUUGCUGACUACUUCAAAGGUCUCUACACCCGCGAGCUCCGUGGAAAGUCGUAUGUGGAUUACUUGAGGAUUCAACCUCAAGAAACUAAUACAAACUAAACACUACACAACUACAUUACAAAUCAAGCCGUGCCAUGUUUGUCUUAUUAUCGGUGUGCCAGUUGAUUUUUAAUUCAUGUUUCGUUUCAGAAUUCCUCUGGAGUGUAAGUUGCUGCUGUUUUUCUUGUAUCAAUAAAUUAAAGAUUCUCAUCGGUUUGCAACA